ACACACAUCAAAUCACCACCAUGUCGGACGGCAUCGAGGUUGAGCAGAUCGUGGAGAGCAAGCCGAAAAGGAUGCCACUGGCAACGUCGCUGGACAAGGACGCCAUUCGCGAGGCCUACGAGGACGUACGCUCUGAUCUCACAGACACCGAGUGGGCGGUCUUCAAAUUCGAUGGGCCACAGAUCAUUGUCCAUGGACGGGGCCAAUGUUUCGAGGAGUUUCGCCAACAGUUCGGCGACUCGGAGCGUGCCUUCGGGUACAUACGCAUACAGAUGGGCGAUGAGAUGUCCAAGCGCAAAAAGUUCAUAUUCCUCACGUGGAUUGGCCAGGAGGUGGGCGUCAUUCAGCGGGCCAAAAUGUCCACGGACAAGGCCAUCAUCAAGGAUGUGCUCAAUAACUUUGCUGUGGAACUGCAGGCGGGCGUGGAGCCAGAGCUGGAUAUUGGCCUCUUUCGCGAGGCCCUGAACCGAGCCGGUGGUGCCAACUAUGGAACGGGUAUCCGGGACAAUUAGGGUGCUCUCCCAUACCAAUACCCAUACCCAUACCCAUACCCAUGCCCAUGCCCACGCGACGAUCUUCAUUUAACGUCUAUUAUUUUUUUUUGGCUUACCAAAUUACAAACUCUGCUCCCCUCUUUCUACUUAAUUAUUAUGAAUUAAUUGUAUGCAAUUUUAAAUUUUAUGUAAUAUGUAAAGACAUUAUACAAGAAACAAUUAACCCACGA